AUGCAAGUUUACGUCAGCGAGGACCAAUUAGAGUUCAGGAAGACUUUGUGUCGUCCAAGCGCUGCCACGUCGUCCAAGGACGGAAGGAGUAAAGUUGUCAUCAACUUGGCAGGUGCUCAUCUUUGUCUUUGCUGUGAAAUUAAAAAUGGAUACCAAAUUCUAUCUUCUGGAUUUCGCAUACUCAAACUUGCCGGUUACAUCAGACCGGAAUCGGAGCGACCCCGGCUAUCGGAAGUUUCCGAAUGCGAAAACGUUCCAAUUAUUGCCUUGGGUUGUGAAGAUAGAAGCUUCCUUGUUCAACAAAUGCUGAAGCUUGCAAUAAAUCUUGUAUAUAUGUAGGUUAUCAAUCAUGGAGUAGACCAAGCAGUUGAUAAAAUUUUAGAAGUAUCCAUGAUUCUUCAGCUUCCAGUUGAAGAGAAGCUUAAGCUAUAUUCAGAUGACCCAUCAAAGACAAUGAGACUUUCCACAAGUUUUAAUGUGAACAAAGAGAAAGUACACAAUUGGAGAGAUUAUCUAAGACUCCAUUGUUAUCCACUCCAAAAGUAUGUACCUGAAUGGCCUUCAAAUCCUUCUUCUUUCAAGGAAAUUGUAAGCAAUUACUGUAAAGAAGUUCGAGAACUUGGAUUGAGAUUGGAGGAAUUAAUAUCAGAGAGCUUAGGUUUGGAAAAAGGAUACAUAAAAAAAGUGUUGGGUGAACAAGGGCAACAUAUGGCUGUGAACUAUUACCCACCAUGUCCAGAGCCAGAGCUCACUUAUGGGUUGCCUGGCCAUACUGAUCCAAAUGCUCUUACCAUUUUACUUCAAGAUUUACAAGUUACUGGCCUUCAGGUUCUCAAAGAUGGUAAAUGGCUUGCUGUUAAACCCCACCCAAAUGCUUUUGUCAUUAACAUUGGUGAUCAAUUUCAGGCAUUAAGUAAUGGGAGGUAUAAAAGUGUGUGGCAUCGUGCUAUUGUGAAUGCUGACAAGGCAAGGAUGUCAGUUGCUUCGUUUCUAUGCCCAAGUGAUGAUGCAAUUAUCAGUGCUCCAAAAUCUCUUUCUGGGGAUGAUGCCCCUGCAACUGUUUACAGAGAUUUCACGUAUGCAGAAUAUUACAAAAAAUUUUGGAGCAGAAACUUAGAUCAAGAACACUGUUUGGAGCUUUUCAAGAACUAACUGGUAUUUGUAACACCCUGACUCACUGUCAAGAUAUUAUGAAUUUAUCUAUUAUCCACCUCAAAUGGUGAGGCUUUGAGUACGUUUACUCUUGAUUCAUUUUCAAUGAUGAAGUCAUGAGUUAAACCUCACUAUUUGAGGUAAGUAAGAGACACAAUUCAACAAUAUCUUAACAUUAGGCCGGGGUGCUAAAGUGUAUCUAUCAUUUGUUGUUAUGCAUGUAUUAAACAUUUUGAUAUUGUGUUUGAACUUGAACUUCCUACAUUGUUAUAUUAUUUGUGGUAUUGUUGUAAUAAAAUUUUUCAGGAACAUCAAGAAAGGUUAGUUUUAC